AUGGCCAAAAAAAUAGAUGAAUUAUUUUCGAAGAAGGAAAGAUAUUUAAAAGAAAUAAUAGAAAGUAAUUGUAUAUAUGUAAAAGAUUUAAAUCACUGGGUUGGUACUAAUUAUAUAGCUCGACUGAAAUUAAAAAAAGAGCUAUUAAAAGUAACGCCCAAAUUGUUAAUAAACAAAACACGUUCGAGAGCAAGCCGAUGUAGGGUGUGCGGUUUCUCUAUCGAAAAAGACAAGUUACGAAUUGGGUAUCCUACAAAAGAUCCGAGAGGUGAUUAUGGUUAUAUAAGUUGUUGGGUGCACAUUGAAUGUAGUAAAAAAAUAUUGUAUUCAUGUUUGUAUAUUGAAGAGAAUGAGAAUGUUUUAAAAGGAUAUUUACAAGAGUAUAAGAAUCAUAAUUGUUGUGGAGAACAUUAUAAUAAAUAUGAAAUAUAUAUUUAUAAUAAUUUACAAUGGGAUCUAUUUUUUGGGGGCAUCGAAAAUAUAAACGAAGAAGAACUAUCUAAAUUAAAAGGGAUUGCAAAACCAUAUGAAUUAAAAAGUGAUUUGAAAUGUAGGAAUAGUUUUGAAAUGUUAAUAAAUGAAGAAAAUGAAAAAAUAAAUUCAUUAGAUUAUUUAAAUGUAGAAAAGAAAAUAACGAAUUAUAAUUUUAGUAUACCUAAAGAAUUAAAAUAUGAUUUAUUACAAUAUCAGAAAGAAGGAAUUUAUUGGAUGAUAAAUCAAGAAAUGUCUAAUGUGAAAGGUGGAAUAUUAGCUGAUGAGAUGGGUAUGGGGAAAACCAUACAAGCCAUUACAUUGAUAUUGUAUCAGAAGUUGGACAAGUUAAAGGAAAUAAAAGAAGACAAACGAAAUAAUGAUCAUGAAAAUGAGGAUGAAAAUGAGGAUGAAAAUGAGGAUGUAAAUGAGGAUGAAAAUGAGGAUGAAAAUGAGGAUGAAAAUGAGGAAGAAAAUGAGGAUGUAAAUGAGGAGAAGAAAAAGAGUCAUAUGUUACAUGGUGAUAUUUAUAAAGAAGAUAUUCCAUCCUUUAAAGAAAAAGAUACAGAACAUGAAAAAUCGGUUAAAGAGAUAGAUAUGAAAAAAUCAUAUAAAAAUAGUAGCACCAUAUUAUAUUCUAAAAAUUCCACAUCGGAUGAUUUGAAAGUUAAAGAAGAAUCAGAUUGUAGUGUUAUAUUAAUAGAGAGUGAUGAAACAGGGAAUGAAAAAAUUAAUCAUAAAAAUGAUGUUAUGGAAGAAAAUAAGAUGGAUACUCAAAAUGUGUUAAAUGUGAAAAAAAUAAAGAAUAUAAAAAAGGAAUGUGUUAAUAAAAAAAUAAAAAAUAAUAAUAAUAAUAAAUCACAUUUUAAAAAGAAUAAUUUUAUUAACAAGCUACAAGGACAAACAUUGAUAAUUGCUCCCGUAGCUGCUGUUAUGCAAUGGAAAUAUGAAAUUGAAAAAUUUGUUGAUGAGAAUAUUUUAAAUGUUUAUGUUUAUCACGGUAAUUCAAAAAUAAUAAGUGAUGAAGAAUUAAUUAAAUAUGAUAUUGUUAUAACAUCCUAUGCAGUUGUCGAAGUUAAUUUUAGAAAGAUUGUUAACAAACAUAAACAACCAUGUGAAUAUUGUGGAAGGUUAUAUCUACCCAAUAAUUUAGAUAUACAUAAAAAAUAUUUUUGUGGUCCUACAGCUGUUAGAACAGAAAAAUUGAAAAAGAGAAAAAAAAAAAAUAAGGACACAGCACUUGUUGCUAUGAAAAAGUUUGAUGAAACAUUUGUUCCGACACCGAGAAAUGUGCUAUUAGAAAUUAUGGCUAAUAGUAAAAAAGAAUUACAAGAGGAUAAAAAAAAUAUUGAAAUAUCUAAUAAAAGUGUACAUACUAAUAAUACUAAUAAAAAUAAAGGGAAAAAAAAUAAUCAAAUAAAACACAGAAAUACACAAAAAGAUUGUAAUAUAGAUCUUAUUGUAUUAUCAUCAGGUAGUUGUAAUGAAAAGAGCUCUUCUUCAGAAAAUUCGAUAUAUUCUCCACUGUCGAGAAAAACAUCCAGUAGAAUUAUUGACUUGAGUAAUUUAGGAUUUGAUAAAGAAACUAUGGAACAAGUUAUUGAAAGUUUAAGUGAAGCGAAAAAAAAAAAGAAAAAUGUAAAAAAUGUAAAUAAUGUAAAUAAUGUAAAAAAUGUAAAUAAUGUAAAUAAUGUAAAAAAUGUAAAUAAUGUAAAAAAUGUAAAAAAUGUAAAAAAUGUAAAUAAUGUGAAAAAUCAUCGAGAUGUUAAAUGGAAUGUAGUUAUUAAAAAUAUGUUAGAGAAUUUUUUGUAUAAUGUAGAUAUGAAUGACAAAUGUAAACAUGUGCUGAUUAAAAUAUAUGUAACAAACACAACAAUACAAAACACGGAGCUGGAAAAAUUAAAUAUGGGGGAACUCAAGGUUGUUCUAAUAACAAUGGGAAAGCAUAUAUUUGGUACAAAAGUGGAGUUAAUAAAUAGAAUAUUAGUAUCAGCAAAAUAUAUACGGAAAGAAUUAUAUGACGAUAAUACUGAGACAGAGGAAAAAGACAAAUCGUGUAUUAAUAAUGAGGAUGGGGAUACAUCUAUGGGUGUCACUAAUCAAAAAGGAAAGGAUACAUUUUGUAAAGAAAGGAAAAUUAGAAAGGAGGAUGAAAAAAGUAGCAUUGAGAAAAAAAGAAAAACGGUGGAUGUUAUAAGUGUGGGUGGGGACGUAAAAAGGGAUAUGUCAUUAAAUAAGAGGAGGAAUACGACAAAUCGAGGGACAACAACGAAAGUUAAAGGAGAAAAGAGAGAGUAUGCAUCAAAUAAAGGAAAGAAUAAUGAUGAUGAUAAUAAUAAUUCUUAUUAUAGUGAUGCAAAGAGUUAUACAAAUGACAGUAGCGAUGAAUCCUAUCGAGUUGAUAUAUGCUCGAAAAAAGAAAAAGAACCCCCAAAAAAUACAAAGAAUAAUAGAAGAAGCCAAAGGAAGAGUUCAUGUAAGAGCUCUUUAGAAAGUGAAAAAAAGGAGGAAUCCAAUAAUUCAUAUAAUACUAAUGAAUAUAAUGAAUAUGAUGAUUAUGAUGAUUAUGAUGAUUCGUCCAAUUCGUUUGAUUCAUAUGAUUCCAUUAUUGUUCGAAAGUCCAAGAUGAGUAAGGAAAAGAAAAAAAGAGAGAAUAUGAAAAUUUUUGAUGAAAGUGCGUUACACCAAAUAUAUUGGAAUCGUAUUAUUUUAGAUGAAGCACAUCGAAUUAAGAAUAGGAAUACUUCUACUACACAAUCCAUAUUGAAUUUAAAAUGUUGUGGUUAUAGAUGGUGUUUAACGGGAACGCCUUUACAGAAUCGAAUUUCUGAAUUGUAUAGUUUAAUAAGAUUUAUUGAAUUUUAUCCAUAUGCUUAUUAUUUUUGUUCAAAAAAGGAUUGUAAAUGUUUAUUAUUAAAUUAUGAGAUGCGAGAUAACAAAUAUUGUUAUUUUUGUAAUCAUUCUAGGAUAAAUCAUUUUAAUUAUUUUAAUAAAAGAAUUUUAAAACCUAUACAAUCUUUUGGAUAUAAAGGGGAGGGUUUAAGUGGUAUGUCUUAUUUAAAGAAUGAAGUGUUAGAUAAAAUAUUAUUACGUAGAACUAAAGGUGAAAGGAAGAAUGAUAUUAAUCUUAAUCCUUUGAUUAUAAAAAUAAGAAAGGAUAAAUUAUCAAAUGAAGAAAAAGAUUUUUAUGAAUCUUUAUACAAACAAACAUCAACACAAUUUAAUACAUAUGUUAAUUCAAAUACUGUUUUACAUAAUUAUGCACAUAUUUUUGAUUUGUUAAGUAGAUUGAGACAAGCAGCUGAUCAUCCAUAUUUAAUUAUAUUUGGUAACUCUUUUUUAAGUGAUCCUUCUGGUAAAUUUAUAAAGAAAAAUACAACAAUAAUACCAGCUAUUUCAAAUGAUUAUGUGUGUGGUAUAUGUUUAGAAAAUGUUACAAAAAGAAAUAAUAUAAGCACAAAGUGUAAUCAUAAUUUCCACAAAUCAUGUUUAAAACAAUAUAUAGAAAGUUUUGAGAUGGAAUAUGCUGAUCAGCAAGAAGAGGAAAAGGAGGAUUAUAAUUUUAGAAAUAGUAAUAUGGUAAAGUACAACACCUAUGAUAUGGGUCAACGUGAAGGUAUGAAUAAUGUGAAAUCUACAAAUAGUUGUAAGUACGAUAUUGUAAUAAAUGAUGAUAUCCAUGACAAUAUGAAUACAUUAGGAAUACAUGAGAAUGAUAAUUUGAUUACUAAUAAAGAUGUAUUGAAAAAUAAGAAAAGCUUAGAAAAGAGGUCUAAAUCUAUAUCUGUUGUAAAAUUUAAAAAUAAAGAUGGUUAUAUUAAUUUGUUAAGUAAUGAUGAAAAUGUAAAAGACUAUCCUUUAGGAUGUCCUGUGUGUUAUAUCCCUUUAACAGUUGAUUUUAAUCUUCUGGUAGAUAAAGAAGAAAAUGAAGAAGAUGAAAUUAUUAUAUGUAAAGAAGAAACUACGUAUAUAAAUAAAAGUUUUAUAAAUAGAAUCAAUACUCAAGAAUAUAGAUCAAGUACUAAAAUUGAAGCCGUUUAUGAAGAAGUACAAAAUGUAAUAAAUAAUACAGACGAUAAAUGUCUAAUUUUUUCACAAUAUUGUUCCAUGUUAGAUUUAAUAGAAUAUCAUUUAAAAAAACAUAAUAUUGUCUGUUCUAAAUUAUUAGGAUAUAUGUCUAUGAUUUCAAGAAAUAAUAUUUUAUACAAUUUUAACCAAGAUAAACAAUUAAGAGUAUUAUUAAUAAGUUUAAAAGCAGGAGGGGAAGGUUUAAAUCUUCAAGUAGCAAAUCGAAUAUUUAUUGUAGACCCCUGGUGGAAUCCAGCAGCUGAACUACAAGCUAUUCAGAGAGCUCAUCGAAUUGGUCAAACCAAAACAGUAUAUGCUAUACGUUUUAUUAUAGAAAAUACUGUAGAAGAAAAAAUUAUUCAGUUGCAAAAUAAAAAGCAGUUGGUGUUUGACAGUACUAUUGGAGAUUCUGGAAACGCCAUGCAAAAAUUAUCUAAGGAGGAUUUGGCAUUCUUAUUCCACUCAUAA